AAACGAAGGCAUGGGCAUCACGUAACGUGAACAGCUAAGCACGCACCAUUUAACUCAUCUCUCUCUCUCUCUCUCUCUCUCUCUCACACACACACACACACACACACACACACACCGACCUUUACGUUUGAAAUAGACACAAAAUCCUCUACUCUGUUGAAAAUUUGUUGAUCUCUGAUCUAAUCUCUUAAUCCUAUUCGAUCGCACAGUCUCGAUUUGCCGGAAGAUCUGAGUAGUAAUCAUGUCGUAUGCUUACCUCUUCAAGUACAUCAUCAUCGGAGAUACUGGGGUUGGAAAAUCAUGCCUGUUAUUGCAGUUCACAGACAAACGUUUUCAACCAGUUCAUGAUUUGACCAUCGGCGUUGAAUUUGGGGCCCGGAUGAUCACAAUCGACAACAAACCAAUAAAACUUCAGAUCUGGGAUACGGCGGGUCAAGAAUCGUUCAGGUCUAUAACACGCUCAUACUACAGAGGCGCUGCGGGUGCGCUUCUGGUUUAUGAUAUCACUAGGAGAGAAACCUUUAAUCACCUUGCCAGCUGGUUAGAGGAUGCAAGACAGCAUGCAAAUGCAAACAUGACAAUAAUGCUAAUUGGUAACAAGUGUGAUCUGGCACACAGAAGAGCUGUUAGCACAGAAGAAGGAGAACAAUUUGCUAAAGAACAUGGUUUAAUAUUCAUGGAAGCUUCUGCUAAAACCGCUCAAAAUGUCGAGGAGGCAUUCAUAAACACUGCUGGAACAAUUUAUAAGAAGAUUCAAGAUGGGGUUUUUGAUGUAUCCAACGAGUCUUUUGGAAUUAAAGUUGGAUAUGGUGGCAUUCCUGGGCCUUCAGGCGGAAGAGACGGGUCGGCUUCUCAAGCAGGGGGUUGUUGCAGUUAAAACAUUGCGGCUGUGGCUACACAAAACUGGUUUCCCAUUUACUUAUAAUUUGUUGUGUAAAAAAUAUAGAUAUUGGUAAAUAUUUGUGUUUGGGUCUUCUUUUGUGAUUUAUGCAUUCUUUACAAAUGUGUGUUAAAACAUUGGUUGUUCUACAAUUGUUGUUUUUGAGCCUCAUUGUUUCA